UGAUGUAAUGCUGCUACGGAUGGCGGUGUGUGCCAGGCUCUGUGGAGGGGGUCAGUCGCGGCGGUGCAGGCGGCGGCAGAGGCACAGCCAGGCGGAUCAGGACAGCGACUCCGAGAUGGACAUGGACGACGAGGAGGAAGAGGAGAGGGUCGUGGGCAAGACGAAAGACGAGCCUGAGGGCAGCAGCUGUCAUAACAGCAGGCCUAGCGGAGCCGGUGCACUCGGCUCUGGGGACUCGGCCUCGGCCUCUGCAGGGCCACCGCACCCGCAGUCACUGCUGGAUCUGCCGCCGGAGCUCCUGGUGGAGAUCUUCUCCUCUCUGCCCGGCACUGCGCUGCCCAACCUGGCGCUGGUGUGCAAGAAAUUCAGGCAGAUCCUGAACACGGAAACAAUCUGGAGGAGGAGAUGUACCGAGGAAUUCGGUAUGAGAGAUGACCUGCGGAAGAUGGAGAUCGUGGGUAUGUCGAGCCGAGAUCUGUAUGUGAAACGUGUGAACCCGCAGGUGAAGUCGGGACGCUUUAUGAAGCUCCUCCCUGAUUAUGAGCAUAUGGACUAUCGGGACGUGUACACACACUUGCUGCAUCCCUAUAGACACAUCCUGGGUCUCUGGCAGCCUGAUAUCGGGCCCUAUGGAGGACUGCUGAAUGUGGUGGUUGACGGGCUGUUCAUCAUAGGCUGGAUGUAUUUACCGCCCCAUGAUCCCCGUGUGGAGGACCCCAUGCGUAGACGGCCGCUCUUCCGCAUACAUAUGUGGGAGAAAAACAAAGCCACCAUAGAAUGUAUGUACGGACACAAGGGCCCUCACAAAGGAGACAUCCAGACUGUGAAGAAAGAUGAGUUUUCCACCAAAUGCAACCAGACGGAUCACCAUCGAAUGCCUGGAGGAAGGCAAGAGGAGUUCAGAACGUGGCUGGAGGAGGAAUGGGGAAGAACACUGGAGGACAUUUUCCAUGAGCACAUGCAGGAGUUGAUCCUCAUGAAGUUCAUUUACACCAGCCAAUACGAUAACUGCCUGACGUACCGGCGGAUUUAUCUGCCCCCGUGCCUCCCUUCAGACCUCCUGCAGCCGGGCCUCUUCAAAGGGACGUACGGGAGUCACGGCCUGGAGAUCAUUAUGCUGAGCUUCCACGACUCCAAGGCCAAAGCCACCAAACUUACCGGUGACCCCAAUGUCCCAGCAGGUCAGCUGACAUUAGAAAUAGACCUGAACUGCCCGGUGCGUCUGCCGGACCUGGAGCACCAGCGGAGCAUGGAAGAGCUCUCUCGCCUGGUGCUGGGGGUGCAUGAGGAGGCCCAGAGGGGUUUACAGGCCCGGGACGCCCCAUCAGAGGCUGCAGAGGCGGACCCCCCUCAGGGGGCGGAGGGUGUGGAGCCGGGAGCUGCUGCCUGCAGCGCCGCACCUGAAGCGCAACCGUUUGUGCUGCCUCUGGGAGUCAUGACUCGUAAUGAAGUGUAUCCUCGCACCUGCAAGAUGUGUUUUUAUGGAACAGGACUGAUCGCCGGCCACGGCUUCACGAGUCCAGAGCGCACACCGGGUCUGUUCGUGCUGUUUGAUGACGACCGCUUCGGCUUCAUCUGGCUGGAGCUCAAGUCCUUCAGUCUGUACAGUCGGCUGACCGACCAGCUGUCCCACGCUCAGGCCCCCAGCAUGGAGCGCUUCGAGGCCAUGCUCCGAAACAUGCAGUCAUGGACAUCCUGAUAACAAACCUCACACUAGUGUUCUCAUCAGACACAUACUCUGGUAUCACGCUCUCCACUGUCAGGGACCUCCCUGCUGACACACACACACACACAGCACUCCUGCUCGCAUCCACACAGGUGUAUUCAAGCCACAUGCCCAUACAUUUGUAUUACAUUAGGCCUUUCUUAUCAGCUUUUUAAUUAAUUUAUUUUUGUAACCUGGAAAUGGCGAGAUGACGACGACAAUGUGAAAAUUAACCCAUAAACUCAGCUGAGCGUGCCUCUGAUACCUUACUAAGAUGCUUCAAACUCUCAAAUCCUGUGGUUUUGUGCUUUUUUAGUAGCGUUUGUCCUUGAUGUGGCAGCAUCUGCAGUUGCUUUUAAUUGAUUUUAUUCAGUUAUUUCUUAUUUGAAAAAAGUCCACAUCAUAUUUGGAAAUGCUUCAUUUUUUUCUGCCAGUGUUCACUGAAAACGAAUGACUUCCAGCUGCUUUGUUGCAGCAAAUGUCAAUGUUAUCACCCCGUAAUGCAUCCAUUAAUAAGUACCAUAACACUAAAAAAAGCUAAAGUUUCUUAUUUAAAGGAACAGUUCACCCAAACAUCAAAAUUUGCUGAAAGUGUCCUCAUCCUCAGGCCAUUCUAGAUGUAGAUGAGUUUGUUUCUUCAUCAGGUUUGGAGUAAUGUAGCAUUGCAUCACUUGCUCCCCAAUGGAUCCUCUAAAGUGAAUGGGUGCCGUCAGAAGUCCAAACUGGUUUUAAAUUUGAAUCAUCUUAAUGAUGGAUUUGUUUACAACAAACAUGCAGCCUUUCACUUUAUAAUAUAUUCAUAAUAUCCAAAUCUGUUCUGAUGAAGAAACAAACUCAUCUAUAACUUAGAUGGCCUGAGGGUGUGUCAGCUUACUUUCAUGGCUGGGUGAACUAUUCCUUUAAUUUAUAUCUACCAUACUGUUAAAAUUGCAAGUGAAUAGUUAAUUGGUUUGUCAUCAAAUUUACGGGAUUCUGUUCAUCUAGCUGUGCAGCUCUCUUCCAAGUGCUCUUCCCUACGCAGUGUAGACGUUUAUCGGAGGCAGAAUCCCUCCGGCUAUACUUUUGUAUUUGACUGCAGCAUUACUAGCAUUUGAAAAAAGAAAAAUAAAAUCAGUAUAAUGUAAAGUGAAUAUAUAUGUAAAUGCAUUGAAAAUAUUUAAACAUUUAUCAGUAUAUUUCAGCUUUGUUUUAGGGAUGAUUGUAUAAAUGAUCGAUGAACUCAUUUAAGUAUAUCGCCUGUGUUUACAACCUCGGAGUUGAGUGGCAAUUGUUUUAAGUGUAAUAUUCUCACAGUAUUGGCCGCUUACGUGGACUGGUAUCCUACAACUACUGAUUUUAUUCCAAAUAAGAUUUUCAGCUGUU